AUGGCGGCAAGGGACCGCUUCGGUCCUUUCGCUGAGCCAGGACUGACCCCGCUGCAGCGCGCAAUUCGCAAUGCGUGCGAUCCACAGAACUACGAGCCUAAUCUGGCCCUGAACCUCGAGGUCGCCGACUUGGUGAACACCAAGAAAGGCAACGCGCCCCGAGAAUCGGCGUUCGACAUUGUCCAUCUCAUCAACUCCCGAAACCAAAAUGUUGCAUUGCUGGCGUUGGCGCUGCUCGACAUCUGCGUCAAGAACUGCGGAUACCCGUUCCAUCUCCAGAUUGGCACAAAAGAGUUCCUAAAUGAGUUGGUCCGGAGGUUCCCCGAGCGGCCGCCAAUGCGCCCCUCGAGGGUGCAACAUCGCAUCCUGGAGUCGAUCGAGGAAUGGCGGCAGACCAUCUGCCAGACGUCGCGAUACAAGGAGGACCUGGGCUUCAUCCGGGAUAUGCACCGGCUUUUGCUGUAUAAAGGCUACGCUUUCCCGGAAGUUCGUCGGGAGGAUGCUGCCGUACUGAACCCGAGCGAUAAUCUACGAUCGGCCGAGGAAAUGGAGGAAGAAGAGCGGGAAGCGCAGUCAGCGAAGCUCCAAGAGCUGAUCCGGAGAGGCACUCCCGCCGACCUCCAGGAGGCAAACCGUCUGAUGAAGGUCAUGGCGGGCUUCGACAACCGGCACAAAACCGACUACCGAGCAAAGGCAGCGGAGGAGGUGUCCAAGGUACAACAGAAGGCCAGGAUUUUGGAGGAGAUGCUGCAGAGCGGAGAGGGAAUCCCCGAGGGCGACGUCUUCGAGGAGCUGGCGAAUGCCUUGCAAAGUGCCCACCCCAAGAUUCAAAAGAUGUGCGAGGAAGAAUCGGACGACCCGGAGGCCGUUCACAAGCUACUAGAGAUCAACGACAGCAUACACCGGACUAUCGAGCGGUACAAGCUGGUCAAGACGGGCGACUUGGAUGCAGCAUCAAAAAUCCCCAAAGGCACUCUGGGUACCACGACUGGGGUCUCGAAGAAUGCGAACAAUGAGCUCUCUCUGAUUGAUUUCGAUCCUGAACCCAGCGCGAUCGGCAAUGCAGCGGAAGCAGCCCAGGGCGGUAGCUCGUUAGAAAACGACCUCCUCGGCCUUUCGAUGGACGAUCAGGUUCCAGCAGCCGGUGGUGGAAUCUCACUAGGACCAUCCAUGAGCAUCCCGUCGAUCCAAUCCAGCUCGAUGACUCCUCCACAGCAGGCUCCGGCGGCGUUCAAGCCCAACUACGAUAUCCUUGCAGGCAUGAGCUCGUCGCGACCAACCUCUCAGUCGUCAUCUCCUGCUCCCCGUGCAUCUCCCCUCCCUCCAUCCCAGGCCACUCCUCCACCACCUGCGGCAGACCCAUUUGCAUCGUUGGUUUCUGCCAGCCCACGGCCUGGAGCCAGCCCUUUCCCAGCACCGGCCGCCACGGCCCCCGCUGCUUCGGGCUCCUCCGCUCUGCUCGACCUGGUGGGGACCCAGCAACCUGCCAACCAGCCCACGGCAGCGGCCGAAGAUGACGAGUGGAACUUUGCGUCCUCCCUGCCGCCAAGCAGUGCGCUCCCCACAUCGAACAGGGUCCAGGUUCUCGACUCACAGCUCCGCGUCGAUUUUGCGGUACGACGACUGCCUGGACAGCCGCGUCAGAUUCAGAUCGCGGCUGUCUUUUCCAACACGACCAGUCAACCGAUUAGCGAGCUGCAUUUCCAAGUUGCAGUAGAGAAGUCAUACACGCUACAGCUUCGGCCGCAGUCUGGCCGAGACAUUGCGGCCAUGCAGCAGAAUGGUGUGCAGCAGGAUAUGCUCCUGGAGGGUAUCGAUCCAGGGAAAGGAAACUCGGUGAAGCUUCGGUUCAGGGUGUCCUACAAGGUAGGAGCCUCGGCUCAUGAAGAACAGGGAAUGGUGCCAUCGCUGGGUAUUUCGUAG